AUGGAAUCAUUCAACGAUUUCUGUAGUUACUGCGAUCAAUUGAUUGUGAACCCGCAGUCAAGCCAACAGCUCUCGCACCUGCCGCAGCAUCUAUAUUCCGACAAACGUGCACGAGAAGACCACAGCUUGUUCUGUUCGGAACACUGCAAGUUGCUGGAUCAACAGUCCUUCCAAAAAUACCACCAUACUGUAAAUAAAGAUGCAAUCCAAAGGGCAAACGAGCGAGAUAUUACCUCUCACUGCGCAAGGGACAUUGACAAUAUAGACACGCUUCUCAAAUCGCCUCUUUUACAUCCAACGGAUUCACAAAAACGAGAGAGAAGCAAAGUACAGGGCGACAAUUACACAAUGGGCGAGUGGUUGCUGGAUUCGUGCGACUGCAAUAUAAGAUCGUCCGUUAUGUGUCCUCGAGCGUUCGGUAAGGGGGCGCCCUGCAAUCUUUGA